GGAGAGGCUGGAAUAUUUUUGGAGGGCAAUUUUACCGCCGUCAAUCUCUAUCGCCUGUGCGGGAUCCAAGUGUGCUGGACACAUCAACUUGAAGAUCACCUGCAGUACAAUAUCGAAAGCAGGACUCUUCGCGUCUACCACUUGAGUCAAUGUCUUCAAGAUCAUUUGGGUUGCUCGACGAUUCUCCCUAGAUCACUAGCUGAAGAGACAUUGCUGUCUUUAAGUAUCCUUUUCCCAAACUGGAACAUCGCUACCGAAAAGUUUCUUCGUCGGUCUCGAAAUCUGCAGCUCCAUGAUACGCUUUUCGAGUAUCCCUGCAAUGCCCAUCUUCAUCAGUUCCAUCAUUGGAGAAGUCGAAUCUCUCGACUUCAUCUCGAGUUUCGAUCUCCUGGACCGACUUUCAAGAACCUCUGGUUCGAUAGAAGAAAUCGACUACAGUGGUACACAUUCUGGUUUGCGGUAGCAAUUUUCAUUGUCACUAUUGUGUUUGGUAUGAUAACUAUCAUUUUGACCGCCAUGCAGACAAGAUACGCAUAUCAAAGU